UAGAAUGCGUCUAGGAGCUGUCAAGAUGGCAGCAGCGGCGUUUAGCAGCGGCGGCCGAAGGGGGAUUCUAGCGGACGACCUCUUUCGCAGUCACGUGGCCAUCGUGACGGGCGGGGGCACGGGCAUCGGCAAGGCCAUCGCCGCUGAGCUGCUGUACCUAGGUUGUAAUGUAGUGAUUGCCUCUCGUAAACUUGACAAGUUAAAAGCUUCAGCGAAAGAGUUAGCUGCUGAAAUUGCCUCCACCAGUUCUGCCCAGGUGACUCCUAUACAGUGCAACAUUCGCAAAGAAGAUGAGGUAGAGGCAUUGGUGAAAUCGACAUUAGAUCUUUAUGGUAGGAUAGAUUUUUUGAUCAACAAUGGAGGAGGGCAGUUUUUUAGCCCAUCUGAACAAAUAAGUGCAAAAGGCUGGCAUGCUGUUAUUGAAACCAACUUGACUGGGACUUUCUAUUGCUGUAAAGCAGUGUACAAUGCUUGGAUGCAGAAUCAUGGAGGUGCCAUUGUCAAUAUUGUGGCUGCUGUGUUUAAUGGGUUUCCUGGUUUAUCGCACAGUGGAGCAGCAAGAGCUGGGGUUGAUAACCUGACCAAAAGUUUAGCCAUUGAGUGGGCAUGCAGUGGAGUGAGGAUUAAUUCAGUUGCCCCGGGAGUUAUAUUUUCAGAAACUGCUGUUGCAAACUACAAAGGUGGUGAAGAACUUUUUAAAAGUGGUAUUAAGAAGAUUCCUGCAAAGAGAUUAGGACUUCCUGAAGAGGUAUCCUCUUUGGUGUGUUUCCUGCUUUCUCCAGCUGCCUCCUUUAUUACUGGAGAAACCGUGAAGAUUGAUGGUGGACAAAGCCUAUACAGCUGUCGCUGGAAAAUUCCAGAUCAUGACAGAUGGCUCCCUGCACCAGAUGGACAUAAUGCCAGAGCACUCAGAAGCAUGCUUUCAGGAAAACACACAUCAAAACUUUGAAAUGGGGUUUGUCCUGAUUUUAUUUGUGUCACUGGGAAAUGCUAUUUUUCAGCAAUUAACUGCAGUUUUAAAAAAAAACUGCCUCAGAAGAAAAACACUUUUUUUAAUGAACCCUAUGAACAUUCACUAAGGACAAUUAGAUUGAAUUAUAUUAUAUUGAAUUAUAUUAUUGAAUGAAUUCAUUGCCUGGUAAACAUUACUGGAAACGGAAAAGCUUGUAACUAUUUUGUAAACCUUAGGAUCCUAUUAGAGUAUUGCCUCUAUGAUCUAUGAAUAUUCUCUCAAGAAAUUGGAAUGGCUACUUGUCAAAGUAUGGUAAAUUAAAAUCCUGUUACACAAGGAUUUUGAAGAAUGUGGAACAUCCAUUGCUCACUAGUAUGGUAUCCAGAGCCUGUAAAUUAAAAUGUGAGAUUUUGAUCAUAAGUUCUCUCAUGAGAGUGCCUAAAUGUUAUGCAAGAUCCUGUCAGCUUUUGGCACUCUCACAUUUUGGAUGGGAAGAUGCUGAAAAGACUACAGCUAGAAUAUGACUGUUUGUUGUCCUGGGCACUCUAAUGGCUUUGUAUCAAUAACUCUUGCCAUAAGAAUGCCUAAAGUUUUGGCAUAAAGAAAAUAGUUUAUAUCUAUGUUCAUAGUUGCCUUCCAUGUUGAUUAUGAACAAUAUAAGUCCUAACUGCAUGCUAUACUUUGUCAGAUAGGCUGGGAAUAAUAAGAUGGAGUCUAACAUACACAAAGGUGACCAAGUUGGGAAAGGUUCUUUAAAGUUAAUUGGGAGAGGGCUGAAGUAUGUUUAUGCAACUAUCUCUACAGUAUACAAUAAUAUAUGGUAGGAUUAGAAUAAAAUAUGAACUAGUACUCUGAGUGGGAAAAAUAAUCUUUGUAAACAGGGGAACAAUUGAAGCAGUAUUGGUUGCAUCUUUAAAAAGGUAAUUAGCAAAAUCUUGAGCCGGAAAUGCAACGAAAGUUCUACAUUUUGAAGAAUUUUGAAUUUCAGUGGACAAUUUUUAAAUACAUGUGAUUCUACUGCUUGUGUAAAGCUUCUUUGUAGCUAUAUAAAGAUUAAUAAUUAACUGUUCAGAGUUGCUGGGAGUCAGGCGGCAUAUACAUUUAAUAAAUAAUGAUUAUUACGUUGCUUAUAUGAUAUUUUAAAAAUCUUCAUUAGAACAUUACUAGAAGAGAAUUUGAUGCUUUGUUUAGAGCUGUAAAGUCUAUGGAAUAUGGAACCUACUGAUAAAUUUCUCCUUGUUAUUACUGAGACAAUUAAAGUGAAAGGAAACAAAUAA